AUGGCGGCCGUUGCUGGUGCGCCUGGGCCGGGAGAGGGAGGCGAAGCGGCAGAGCCAGACAGUGAGAAUAUCCCCGGAGAAGGCCGGCUGUUCGAGCCGGAGCCGCAGUGUGUGCAGUCCGAGCCGGAGCUGAGUGUGUUACCCGCUCCCUCUGCCUGGGAGAGCCAAU